AUGCUCAAGCAGCUCGUCCACGUUCGCGAUGCCUCGACGCAGCUGCUUCUGCAACUUCACGCGUGGCACGCGGGUUCGCCGCACCCGUACCUGUACAAGGGCGAGAGCUACACACUGCGCAUGAAGACAGACAUGGACUUUCUCCAUUGUGCCAAGUCGCUCGUGCAGGCAUUGGGCAUCGCGCCACAGGCAAUGGGGCAGAACCCGCUGAUGCUCGCCGCCGCUGCUCGUAAGCGGGUUGUUCCCAUGACCGCCACGCCACCACCGCCCUUCAACCCAAGCGAGAGCAUCGAUGUGCCCAAUGCGUGUGCUCUCUGGGCAGACCACUUUUUGUCGUGGUGCUGGACCUUUCUCGAUAGUGAUGCGCAGCGGCCGCGCACCAAACAAAACUCGUCCCGCGCGCUCAUCUCGCCGCAGCGACCGGUCACGCCGCACAAGCCGACGUCGCCUCGACACCACCCGCUGGCGACGGUGAUGAUGCCGUUUGAGCGAUUUCGGCCCGUGGACUUGACAACCGAGCGCCCGGGACUCUUGAAGCCAGUGCUUUCGGCGCACACGUCGACGCGUGCGCUCGUGUCGAUGACCGUCGAUACGGUCACGGCGACGAGCGACGAUAUCUCGCAGCUCUCGGACAUCAAACCGCCAACGCAAUCCAUGCUCUUCGUGCUCACCAUGGUCUACUUGCUCGUGACGCCGGGUGCGUUGACGCCGAAAGACGUUUCUUGGUCGAUCCUCCAGCAGUUUUACCGCCACGGCAACCGUGUGCUCCGCACACUCCGCAAGGUGGACGAGACUUCGUCGUCGCCGGACUUUGAACUCAAAUGCGCGACGCUCGCACCGUUCCUAUUGCAACAGCCAAUGGCAUCGGACCCGCUCUUCCGACCCGAGUCGCUCGGACGGGGCGCCGACUUGCUAUGCGCCUGGAUGCAGCGCAUCAUGGACGGAAAGGACGACGACUCGCGCGAGCUCCUGGACCAGCUCGACGAGGUCGAUGUGGAUGUACACCACGGUACGUGGGUCUGCCACGACCUCGAGUACGCCGUGACGCUCUCGCUGUCUGGCAAGACCUCGGGCGGCGUCAUUGUGGACAUUGCGGCGCAAGUGCCCGAAGACAAUCGGCUGCGCGUCGAGCUCACGCCGUUGGAGCUCAGCGACAUCUUUGGAAGGGACGUGGCGGUGCUCUACGAGCGCCAAGCAUGGUCCAGCAUGUGCGCGCUCAUCGUCGCUCGUCUCGACACACUCGCCAGCCUCCCAAAAGAGCUUCAUGCGUCUUAA